ACAUUGAGCACGUGAUCAAAACACAAUCAUGGCCGCCUCCGCUGUAGUACGCUCGAGCGUGGGGCUGACUUUCAGACUUUCGCGAGUUUUACCGGACUGUAGCACUUGUCCUUUAUCCAGGUUAAAGACGUGCACGGCUCAUCUACAGAAGAAAGACUCCGUGGGCACCUUUCGUACCAUCAAUCGGUUUGUGCAGACGAGUGUAGGUUCAUACCACAGUGAGGAAGGCAGCACAGAUGAAGAGAACCAAGACAAUGUGGUCAAUGUGGUGUAUGUUGACCGGUCCGGCCAAAGGAUCCCAGUUAGAGCUCAAGUGGGAGACAAUAUUUUGUACUUAGCUCACAAGAAUGGAAUCGAACUAGAAGGGGCGUGUGAGGCAUCAUUGGCCUGUUCAACAUGUCACGUGUAUGUAAGCAGCGACUAUUUCGACAAACUACCCGAACCACUUGAGAGGGAGGAUGACAUGUUGGACAUGGCUCCCAUGCUCCAGGAGAACUCCCGGCUAGGGUGCCAGAUCAUUCUCACCCCAGAGCUGGAGGGCAUGGAGGUGACUUUACCCAAAGUCACGAGGAACUUCUAUGUGGACGGACAUGUUCCCAAACCCCAUUGAGCAGACACGCUGAUGGUGAAGGUGGGAUUGAGAGGGGCCGGCCCAGCAAACGAGAAGUCAUGCUUGGAAGGGAGCAGGUUACCUGUGAAGAAAUCUACAGCGUGAGAAGUCUGUAGGCACCGCCCUGAAGAUCUUGACUGAUCAGAUAAUAACAGUUUACUGAGGUGGGCCUGCAGACCUUUGCAGAAUUCAAUGAACUCAAUGGUUACUUACACAUAAUGUCUUUUCAUUUAUGUGUGAUGUGCUCGGGCCAGCAUUGAGACAGCGCACAAUUUCACAAUUUUUUAUUAUUUUUUUUGUUAAAAAACAAAAACCUAAACAUUCAAAUUUAGAGACCUUAGUUAGACAAAGUUCAUCCUUCCAAAGGAGUAUUAGAGCCACACUGAGAAGAAAAUUAGAUCAAGUGGGGGAAGCACCUUUGAGAAAAAGUAAUAAUAAAAUGGUAAUAUAAUAACACCAUAUUUUUGAUGAAUAAAGUUGUAGCCAUCUAUAAAUCGGUAAUAUGAAAUAUGUGCCAAAGUCGGACAGAUGAUUGAAUUUAAAUCAACAAAUGUUUUCUAAAAUCACAUUAGAGUGAUCAUAGUGACGGUGGUGUUAAUCUGCCAAAAUAUAUUCUCUUUCACUGAUUUGUCAAAUUUUAUCCAUCAAGUGUAAGACCUUAUCUUUAAAUUUUUUGGGGGGGCAAAUUCGCAACUAUCAUACUAUUCUGAAUUCAUUGAAUUACAAACAUUUUUGUGUACGUCUUUGUUCUCGUCAUACUUUUUUUCCCCAGCGUGCCACUAAUACUCCUUCAUAAAACUGUGCUGAUGAAUGGAACAUUCCUUGCGAUAGCUCUUAUAUGCAGUCUUGCCGUAAAAUGCUCGUCAUUUCACCUGGACAAUCACUCAUACACUAUCAUGCAUUUCGUUGGUAUUUGUGGGCAAUAUGACUGCGCUUCAGUCAAAGUCCUUCUGUAAAAUCCCAAUAAACAUUUCAAAUGUCCUGUAAAAAUGGGCUUCCCUUUAGGAGUGUGCUGACCAGCUGACACUGACGUGAUGCUGCUGUGUUCUGAAACAAAAUUGCAACAUGCUGCCAAUGAAGGAGUUUUCCAGGUUAAAAUCUGUUUAUUUGUCAAGUCUACUGUACAUGUCCAACCUACACACACUUUUAAGUCACUAAUGUAUGGCAUAUAUCAAGUAUUUAAAAUUGUGCAAUAAAGUACUCUUUUAAAGCUG